AUGAUGAAGAAUCAAACGUUUACAGAUAUGUUGCCUGGCCGCAAGCUGAGAGACUUCGUAGAUACAUUUCAUGAAAACCAAGGCACCUAUAUCAAGGCCCUUUUGAAGCAUAUACAAACCAUAUCAUUUUUCUGUGACGAAAUAUCUGAGGAUUACGCACAAAUUGAAGAUUUAGAUCUGUCCAAACAAACUGCAGACAACGAUCUUCAGUAUUAUCUUUACGUGAACAAUCUACAGAUAUUACUUCAUUCAAAAGUAUUGAGCUACGUAGGUGUAACUCUUGGCUCAAAGUAUACAAAGCUUUCCAAAGACACGGUUGAAGUUUUUUUAAACAAGAGAAUUCCACGAAUCAUCGAACUCAUCUUACGGAACUACAAUGAGACCAAAAAAGCGUUUGAUCGUCUUAAAAGAUCUGCUAUGUAUUAUGCUGAGUAUAAAGAAAGACCCAGGAGUGAAAAUAAGUACCUCCAUUCCAAGUUGAAGAGUGCUCUCACAGAUGCUGUCAACAACAUCUCGAUCUUGCUUGAUAAAUCGCAAAUCAUCUUAGACAGGUUAGGUGAUGGAGCGAUAAAUGCAUUAGAGGAUUCUAUGAAAGACCUCAGAGCUCAUUCUUUGGCUACCCACGAGUCUAUUGAUCUUUUAUGUAGACUACAUGGUAUUGUUACUAAUGCUCAACCUGCGUCAGAUGCCGAACCACCUAAACAUCUUACGGUCAACAAGACAUAUGAAGAAAGAAUUUGUGGUAACAUACGUUAUGACGAUAUAGUUCAACCUGAAGAAGGGAGAUAUAUGAUUUAUGUAGACAAAGAUCCUGAAGAAGAAAUAUCCAGAACUGCAAGAAACGAUGUGGAUGAGACGGUAGGGGCAUUUUGCAGAUUAACGCUGGAGGAGCUCCGAAGAUCGUUAAUGCAAAACGGAACGUUUAUGGAAGCAAGAAAACGACGAUUCAGUAAUGAAAGUAGUGAAGAAUUCAAUGCGGAUUCACCUCCAAAACCAGAAUUAUCACCAAGAUUCGAUUUGGAAACUACAGAUGUUCACGAAGAGCCCGAAGCCAAAUCAAGCUCAGUUAACAAUGAAGACGUUUAUAGUGGUAAACCCCCUGUACCUUUACCAAGGUCUGCGAUGAAGGCGACAAGAUAUUUAGAUCAAUUUUUUAUGAAGGAUAUGCCUCCACCUCCUCCUAUGCCUACGUUUAACCUGGGUAGGGGAUAUGAAGAACAUGGAGGCUAUGGAAACAAAUCCAUGCUGGAGGAGAUAAUGACGUUAUCGAAACAAAGAGAUGUCAAAGAAGAAGUGUUUGUAGUUUCGGAUAGAUUCUGA